AUGUCUGACUCUCACCCCGACAAGUCUACCCGCGUGCUGUCGUGUGUGCUUUGCCAGCAACGUAAGGUUAGAUGUGAUCGCUCAUUUCCUUGCACGAAUUGCGUCAAGUCUCAAGCUCAGUGUGUUCCUGCUGGCCUUCUCCCGCGUCGUCGAAAGCGUAGGUUCCCGGAACGUGAGCUGCUAGACCGAGUACGCCAAUACGAGACUCUCCUCAAGCGGCAUGAUAUUGAAUUCAACCCGCUCCAUGGUGAACCGUCAAAGGAGGGCGCCGAACGGCAAAAGAGACUGAGUGUUGAACCAGGACACUGGCAGUCGCCUUCGUGCUCUGCAUCACCUCGACCAAAUCCGUCAAAAGGGUCAUAUGAGGCCAAGGAUUUCUGGAAUGCGAUGAACCAAACGUGUCCCCAAUCUGACGAGGAGGCUGACUCGCCCCCACCCACGAUGACCGAGGAGGUGGUCAAAAAAGCAUGGGACCAGGGAUCUGGGCUCUGCGACCCCCUGUUUGGCGGCAAGGCCGACCAAAUCGAUCUUUCAUCGCAGCACCCGGAGCCGUCACAGAUUUUCCGCCUCUGGCAGGUAUAUCUUGACAACGUCGAUCCACUACUCAAGAUCACACAUACACCAACCCUACAAGCGCGCAUCGUCGAGGCCAUCACCAACGUGAAGCAAAUUAACCCUCAGCUGGAGAUUUUAAUGUUCGGCAUAUAUUGCAUAGCGAUCGGGAGUCUAAUGAACGACGAGUGCCAGGCUCUGCUUGGUGCCCCAAGAGAAGAACUUCUCGCUCAGUAUCAGGGUAGCUGCCGUGAGGCCUUGAUACGCUGUGAGUUUCUACGGUCUGACAAGCUCGAUUGCUUGACUGGUCUAUACUUCUACUUGGUGUCCUUGCGACCUGUGCUUGGGGACCCUCGAACAUUAUCAUCUAUGCUCGGCAUCGCAGUCCGCUCGGCCCAACGUAUGGGACUUCAUAGCGAGUCCGCUUGUUCUAGACAUCCUCCGCUGGAAGCGGAAUUGCGUCGAAGGCUUUGGUGGGCCUUGGUUCUGUUUGAUACGCGAGUCGCAGAGAUGGCGGCCUACAAAACCACGACUCUCACUCCCCUUUGGGACUGCAAGAUUCCCAGCAAUGUGAACGAUUUUGAUUUACGACCGGAGAUGAAGGAGGUACCUGAGCCCCAGGGUCAAUCAUCAGAGGCCGUAUUCGUCGUCGUUCGAGGCGUGAUGGGCGACUUUUUGCGGAACUCUUCGUUUCACCUAGACUUUACGUGUCCGCCCCUCAAGGCUAUUGCAAAGGACGUUCGCGACAGCUCCAACCCAGAAGCUAGUGAACUGGAUACACUAGAAAGCGUGCUAGUGCAGCAAUACCUUAAAUUUUUGAACCCCGAGAACCCGCUUCAUUUCAUGACGCUCUGGAUGACGCGGGGUAUGUUGGCGAAAUGUCGCCUUUUUGACUAUUAUUCCAACUAUGCUGCUGGAAGCUCUACCGCGGCCCAGCGCGACACGGCCAUUUCCCUUGCGCUUGAAAUGAUCAAUUGCGAUACCAAAAUCCUCUUAAAUCCGUCAACCAGCCGGUACCUUUGGCUCGUCCACUUCCACUUCCCUUUCCCGGCUUAUAUUCAUAUUCUACAAGACUUGCGGAGGCGCCCUCUUAGCCAACAUUCGGGGAAGUGUUGGGCCUCCAUGAGUGACAACUUUGAAGCUCGCACGCACUUGCUCCGUCGCAUGUCCCCACGGCUGCUUAUCAGCGCGAUGACUGCUGUCCUUUUUCAGGCUUGGGAGGCAACCGAGUCGGCGUUGAGGCAGGCUGGGCAAGAAGCAGCCACGCCAAGGAUUAUAACGAUAGGAAGGGAGCUGGUAGCUCAAAGCCAGGCAGACCAGGCCGCUGAAAAGCCGUCGGGUAGUGCCUCCGCUGCCUGGCCGACUUCGAUGAACCAGCCUUUGCCCGAUCCGCUGUCGCUAAUGGGCAUGGGCGGCGUAUACGGUGGACCUCAGAUGUGGAUGCCUUUUGACUUACCGGCCCAGAUGCCUGGAACUAAUAUCCUCAGUCCGUCCGACUGGUCACUAAUAAACUGGGGGAUGUAG